AUGGAGGUCCAAGUCAAUGAAAAUGAGGACACCGAAUGGAACGACAUUCUUCGCCAACAUGGCAUCAUCCCGGAGAAGCCCAAAGACAUGGAACCCAUUAUCCAAGAAGCUCUAGUCGAAGCAGAGCUCAAGGCCCAUGAGAACCGACUCGAAGACAAGGACCUGGACGAGCUGGACGCACUAGAGGACGAGGAGGACGAGGAGUUCUUGCAGCAAUACCGAAAAAAGCGCAUGGCAGAGCUCUCGACACUCCAGCAAACCAGCCUCUUCAACCAAGUGUACCCGCUUCAGAAAGUCGAUUAUGCUCGAGAGGUGACAGAUGCGUCGAACAACGCCUUUGUGCUGGUCAACCUGACCUCGCAGGGCGCCAAUGUCGAGUCACGAGUCCUGACAGAGCUCUGGCGCCAAUUAGCGGCGAAAUUCGGAGACAUCAAGUUCUGCGAGAUCCGCGCCGACAUGUGCAUUGAGGGAUAUCCGGAGAAGAACACACCCACGAUUCUAGUGUACAAGGACACCGAGAUUCGGAGGCAAUUGGUCACCCUGCGCGAGUUGAAUGGCCCGCGGACCAAGGUUGAAGAUAUCGAACGACUGCUUAUAGACCUCGGGGCCUUGAAGGAGAGCGACGUGCGACUCAAGAAGCGCGCCGACUCGGUAGAUUACCGGACGACCGGUGACGACGAGCUCAAGGUUGAAGACUAUGAUGACGACUGGGAUUGA